UUCCUCUUCUGGCGAAAUCAGUGGUUAGAGACGAAUUCCGUGCUUAUAGUCUACUUGGUCGUUAAGAGGCGAUCCCCAACGCCAUCCGAGAUCGCAGCCCUUUUCCCGUCAGUCCCAGCUCAUCAGCAAAGGGAUCGGUGGCUGUCUCCAGAGGAGACUGAACGACGUUGUCAAAGCGGCUGGAUCAAAAGUGUUCCCAUGUCGGAUGGAGCGGUGUCCACGAUGAACCUGAGCAUGGAGAUUUCUCCCUCUGCGCUGAGGGUCUCACUGUGCACUUCCAGCCCUGGGUCGUGGUGGGCUCUGGUGGCCACUGGAGUCCUUGGAGCUGUCUCCCUCUGGCUCUGCUGGGGUUGGAUUCGGGAGUCAAAGUCAUCCCCAGCAGAAACAACUGGGGCCACUGGAGGAUCCCCAAGGACACAGGUCACCCUUUUCAUGCAGGAAGAAUCUGAAUGGUUCCCACCCAGUUUCCUGGGCAGGCAGAAGAAUCCAAUACGAGGGGCUGCGGUCUUCUCUGAGUCUUAGGGCCCUUGCAAGAUCCUGUUCUGGGUGAUUUAGCUGAAGGGCAGGGUGACUUGGGCAAGCAUCCUCAGAGCUCUGGGCCUCAGUUUCCUUCGCUGGGUGAUGGGUUGAUCAGAUAGAUGGCCUUCCUCACAUAGCUGAAAAUCAGAUGUGGUGAAAGUGCACUGAGACCGGAAACAAUGUUAUUGUUCUCAAAUAC